AUGGCAGCAGGCUCCGCGCCUGGUGGCCUCUUCCAGGGCGCACGUUUCUGGCUCUCUCACGAAAUUCCUCAGCGGUCUCGGUUCAAAGAUCUUAUUGUUCAACAUGGUGGUGUCGUUGUCUGGAUGGAGAAGGAUGCCAACGUCAAACUGGUCGAUCAUACAAAAAAAAACCUCCCUGCUGACUGCUACUCCUAUCAAUAUGUGGAAAAAUCCAUCCGCCAUGGUCGACUGGAAAAUCUCGAGGAGCACAGGGCUGGCCCAUCUAAUCCUCGGCCAAUGGGCGCAUCCAAUAUUCCGAGGAAGAAUACCAGAACAAGCUGGACGCUAGAACAAGAUCAGCUUCUUUACGACUUCCUCCAGCCAUUCGAGCAGCAAGAAAAUGGCCGCGUCCAAGGCAACAAAAUUUAUCAACUAUUUGAAACAAGAUUUCCGAGGCUUGGACAUACCUGGCAGUCAACCCGAGCUCGCUAUCUCAAAAGGCUACGCGGGAAUCCCCGCCCAGGAGGAGGAGUACCUAGGCCAGAUGUAUUGCAACCUCAGCCCCAAGAGAAGCCCCAGGACAGGCCCAAUAAUAGGCCCCAAGAAAGGUCCCAAAAAAAGCUCCGGAAUGACUCGCAAGACAGGCCACAAGACAGCCUCCCAAGCAAGCCUCAAAGCAAGACGCCAGCAAAACCACAACUUCAACCACCGAAAGAACUUCAUACGCCACCAACUCCACAAGUAGCCGUCAUCAAAGCCAGCCCUGAAAGGGCACCACUACUCGAGUACCGAUGGAUGUCAAAAAGGAAGCGUGAUUCACCUCCGCGAUCGUCGCCUGAGCCCCAGGCUUCUCGUUCAAAGAGGAGGGCAGUCCAAGUCUCUCCAACACCUGCUCCGCAUGAUGUGCCUGAACAGCCACUUCGGCCCAUUCCACCACCGCUCAAGACAGCAACACCGACACAGGUUUCUCGGCACGUUGAAGAAUCACCAGUCCCUCAACGAUCUGAUCCGCAUGCUAGAGUUACUUCGGAAUCUCCCUUUCCCCCCUCGCCAGCGCAUUCCCCAACAGAAGAUGAUAAAUUGCGUCAGGAGCUGCUUCAGGAUCUCCCUUUUCUGCUUUCAUCUCCGGCUUCAGACAGCGGGUCACUCGAAGAUGAUAAUUAUGAUGAGAACAGCCAAAGCGAGAGCGAAGAGGAAGAAAUGAUGGAGUGGAUAGAGACACAAGUGUCGCGAGGCAUGGACGAUGCCCUGAUUGAUGAUGCGUUGUGCUGCACAAGCUUGAACUGCAAGUUGGCCGAAAAGGUCUUGAACCUACUGGCUUCUGGGCAUGGAAUUCCCGAUAACAUUCGCGGGGUAUGGACUGCUGAGGAUGACAAGAAUCUGGAAGGCGCAAAUGAACGCGAGAUCAAACAGGUCUACGAAAAGCAUGGAGACGCCAAAUGCCAACAAAGAUGGAAGUACCUCAGCAUGGCGAGGGAGAGAGGCAUGGUUUAG